CAUACACCGGCCAAUUAAGUAAUUAUUUGUUGUCUUAAUUAUUAGUUGCCAAUCAACAUCUUCUACUGGCCUCCUUUCUUGAUCAAAGGUCGGUUACUCUUUAUAUAUAGUUGCACUGAUUAAACUUGGAAGAAGCUAAAGUGAUUAUUAAUGGAUUAUAUGUCAUCACCAACAUGGAUUUCAGAAAUGGAAAUCGAAGAUCCAGCUGGAUUCAUAAUGAAUUACGAUCAGAUACUUUGUGACACUACUGAUAACUACUACAGUAGUAGUAACGAUUCCUUCUCCCAGCAGGAGGAAAGUUAUACAGAAAACAUGGCGUUUAUCGAUCAAUCCUUUCAGCCGCAGCCUCAUCAUGAAAUAAUAAUCGAACCUCCUCGUGUUAUUAAUCUAGAGAAGACUAGCAGCAAAAGUUCUCUACCGAAAGAUGAGCCCCUUAAUAUUAUUGCGAAUGAUAUUCCCUCAUCAUCUACUACUGCUUUUACAAUCUCUUUUGGAGAUCAUGUAAGUAGACGACCUCCUAAGAACGAAUCCCUAGAGUUUCAUGAUUAUUCGCUUGCUGCUGCUGGUAGCAUGAGGGUUCCAAUCAUGGCCAGGAAUUCGGUUCAGGCCCAAGAUCAUGUUUUGGCAGAGAGGAAGAGAAGAGAAAAGUUAAAUAGGCACUUCAUUUCUUUGUCUUCUCUUAUACCCAACCUUAAGAAGAUGGAUAAGGCAUCCGUGCUAGAAGAUGCAUCAAAUUACAUAAAAGAACUUCAAGGUCGUGUCAAGGAACUUGAAGGAAUAUCAUCAUCAACAGACAAUAAAAGAAAGAAUAAUAAUGCUCAAGAAUCGGUUAUUUGCAUAAUAAAGAGGUCUAGGCUUUCUACUAGUGACGAUGAGUACUAUUCAUCGGACGAAACAAACUCAUCAGCAGAGAUUACUGACUCCACCAACGCAUCUCCUGAGAUCGAAGUCCGGAUGUCAGGAAAUAGUAUUCUAGUAAGAAUUCAGUGCCAAAAAAACUUCUCUAUCUUAGUGAAAGCACUAGAUUUCAUGCACAAGCUUGGCCUCUCCAUCAUCACUAGCAAUGCCAUGCCUUUUGCAAACACCACUCUUCUGAUCACCAUUAUGGCUCAGAUUGAAGAUGAUCACUUUCAUAUGACUUCAACAGAACUUAUGAAGAACCUUCAAACAGCUAUAUUAUAAAAAACUUCAUCAAGCUGAUGUGCAAUUAAGUACUGAAAGAUCUUCAUUGAUUUAGUAGGAUUUUUUCGAUCAUUCCAUUCUCCGUUUUAUACUUAAGAAGGAGGAAAUUUGAGAAUUUUUCAUCCCCAUUGGUUGGGUUUUCUUCGCAAUCAUAAGUACGUACAGCCCUCAAGGUGGACAAUAACGCUUCUAGCGUUUUUUUUUGUGGAUAAUUUUCUUGGUGAUAUAUAUAGAUGGUUAAUUCAAUGAGCUUCAU